CUUUCAAAGCAUCUCCAGCAUGGACGGAGCUUUCGUGGGCACUUGGAGACCUCAUCGCCCACGGGGCCUCAUCUCGGCCCAGUUCACCAGCCCUGGACCCAAAUACUCAGUCCAGGGGACAACGGGUUACAUCAACCACAACCCCACCAAAGUCAAAGCCCCCGCGUACACCUGCAGAGGGGCAAAAGCUCCUGCGGAAGGCGGCUGCUCCCCAGGCCCUCGUUAUUACGUGGAGCCCUCCAUGACCAGGACUGGGAAGUACGUGGCUCCAGCCUACGCCAUCACUGGACUUCCCAGGAUAAAGACGGAGAUCACACCUGGACCCAGCGAUUACAGCCCGGAGAAGUCCAACCGACACAUCUUUAAGUGCCCGCCUGAGCCAUCCAUGGCCUUCCGGAACAGGGGAGUCAAAACCGACUUCACUCCAGGUCCCGGCACCUACACCUUGCCCAGGGUGAUGGGCCCCAACACGGCGCACACGCCUGCCAGCCCGUGCUACUCCAUGAAGAGCAGGAGUCAGCGGGAUCGCUACGAUGCUGAUCUCGCCAAGACCCCAGGCCCUGCGGCGCUCCCAAAGAUCGAGCUGGACGUUUUCAAAACCAGAGCUCCCGGGUACACCAUGGGAACCCGAACUCAGCUCCGAGACAGGACGGUCAAACCGGGGCCGGCGGAUUACCGCACGGGAAGGGUGGAGCUGAUCAAGCCCCAGGCGCCUGCAGCCACGUUUGGACUGCGCCAUUCCGUGUACACCACUCCCCUGAUCCUCGACGUUUGAGAUGUGUUGAAUAAAACAACGUGUUGCUCAGAGAGGUUUUCUCUUCACCGUGAGACAAGGGGAGGGGUUUCUGUGGGUGAGGAAGAGCUGCUUGCUCUGUUUAACCCUACAAGCAGCAAAAACCCUACAAGGUUCAGAAUGGAGAGCAGUCCGAAGUGGAAGCAACAGCUCUAACUGCACAUUUUCUCCUGAUUGCCCUAACACAACCAAAUGAGGACCCUGAUUGCUCACUUCACCCUGGACGUGUCUUCUUCCUCCUCUGACACCUGCUGCACACCUGGCUGAGGACAGAUACAAUCCACACAGUGCGACUGGAGCUGAACGCUGCACCCCAAAAGCAGCCGGGUCCUUCCCUGCACGCUCUCAGCAGAGAGCAGAGCAUCCUGGGGACAGCUCAGGAAAAAUAAUCACUAAUUCCUGUUUGAAAAGGCAAAAAGUAGUGAUACAGCAAGGAUUUCUCCUGGGUGACAUGGGAUAUUUUUUAUAGGUUUGCCAUGAUGUGUCUUGGAGGCUCAAUUACAUAGUUAUGACUUUGGACAGUAACACUUUGAUUUUGGUCACUAGUGCUAUGUCAUUGUAGGACGUUCUUUGACCAGAGACACGUUUCAGGUGUCAGACCAGGGCUGCCCAAAGCACUCUUGCUCUGAACCAGCUCGUACAAGCCUGCAUGUUUGCAAUCAUUAGAGCUUUAUCCUGGGAUACCCGAUGGGGGACACAGAGAAGUGUCUGCAGGGGAAAUUGGUGAUUUGCACAUUGGAGACUUUGUUCCAGCCCCAGCAAACGUCAAGUGCCAGCAAACUCUGUGCAAACCGUGCACAGGCACAACCUGGAAACACACACACGACCUGGAAACACACACACGAAAUGGAAACACACACACAUGACCUGGAAACACGGGCACAACCUGGGAGCACAGGCAGCAGGAGCCCGAGACAGCUCCAGUUCGUCUCCUCUGCCAGUGUCCAGCUGCAAACUCAAGACAUUGGAGAACAUCCGCUGCCUCAGGCAGCCCUGCGGUAGAGACACCUCACCUGAGAUUCACACGCCUUGGCUUCCCAUGUUUCAAACUCCUGAGAUUAAUAGGAAAUGUUUAAAUGUUUUUAUUUAUAUGUUUAAGAUUUAGAGGUAUUCUGAUGAUCAGGAAGAAAAAA